AGUUUAAGAUUUUAGACCACUUAAACAAAAAGUUAGGCCUACAAUUCAAUUUAGCAAAAUAGGUGAAUGCGCCUGAAUGUCUUGCUGCUUGUUUUCUGUGAAAAUAAAGUUUUAUUGAAAAUUUUGUGUAUUUGUCCUGUGUUUCGAUUUGUGUUAAGAAAAUUUUUAAAAAUGGUUCGAGGAAAUAUGCGAGGAGGUCGUGGAGGUGUACGAGUUGGAAUGCGUGGAACUUUCAGUAAAAAAGCAAGUUUCAUUCCUCGGCAUCCUUUUGAUUUAAGUGUUGUUGAAAACUCAGUCUAUUUUCCUCGAGUAGCCACGAGUCCAGUUCCUGAUGAUUCUAAUUUAUUACAAGCAUUGACUAAAAGAAAUCAAGAAUUAACUCCAACAGACAAGGAACAACAAGCAUUAAAUAAUCUCGUCACGAAAGUUUCUUCCGUCCUCGAUAACUUAGUUGUAGCUCCGGGAGAUUUUGAUAAGUGUCAAUUAGAAGAGAUCCGUCAAGUUGGAUCAUUCAAGAAAGGGACAAUGAGAACUGGCAAGAAUAUCGCAGAUUUUGUCGUAAUCUUCAAAUCGAUUCCAACAAAGGAGUCAAUUGAAGCACUCAGCAAGAAAGUUGAAGAAAAUUUAAAAGAAAGUAUGAAGACAGAAGUGAUCUCAAAAGCAGAAAUGAUCAAUAUCCAAAUUACGGACAAAGGAUUUGACAUUUUCAAUUGGCAAGCUCGAAUUUGCAUUCUCAUUGCAACAGUUCCACCAAACAUCCGAAAAGUUGAAAAUCCAGAAUUACAAAAGAGUCUCGUCAACAGUUUAUCAGCAAUUCGUCAUAUUCGUUGGUUUGAAGAGAACGCAAAUUCAUCUGUCAAAGUUUUGAUUCGCAUCUUAAGAGAUUUGACAACAAGAUUUCCUGAAUUUGCACCAAUGAAUCCUUGGAUCAUCGACUUAUUAGCUCACUUUGCAAUCUUAUCAAAUGCAAAUCGCCAAGCUCUUUCAUUAAAUCAAGCAUUUAGACGUGUUUUUCAACUCCUUGCUGCUGGUUUGUUUCUGCCUGGGUCUUCAGGGUUGCUUGAUCCCUGUGAAAACAUUCCCGUUCGAGUCCACACAUCAUUAACUUUAGAGCAACAAGACAACUUGUGUAUGGCUUCACAAACAUUGUUACGUGUUUUGCUUCAUGGAGGCUUCAAAGUCAUUCUUGGUAUCGACAAAAAAGAAAAUUUAAUCACUGAAAUGUCUGUUUGGGAUGGCGUUGUCAUUUCUCCUUUGAAACUUGCCUACGAAGCACAAAAUGACUCAACAUUAAACAACACUGAUGAUGACGACAUGGAAACAGGAGAUGGUGAUGAAAAUAUGGAGUAAUUUUAUAUUUUAUUGUCAUUGUGAAAUAAUUUAUAAGUUUUAUUAAAGUUCGUCUUUUACGUGACAUAACUCUGAGAGAUUGCAGUGUUUAGCUUUGUUAUUGUAAAGUUCUUCGAACACUUCAUACGGACACAUUCCGUAUUGAUUCAUAUGGCACUUUGGUAGGUUUACUAUUUGUUCUUGAUGAAGUAGUUGAACGUAUGGGCCCUGUUUUGAUUCGUAAAGUAUCACAACAAUAUUGCUAGAAAAUGAGUCGAUUAUUGAUGUUUUCCAUUGACGAUCGUCAUGAAAGUUUUCGGCUGUUAAAUCAUAAUCGUCUUUGUAAAGACCGAGAGAAGUUAAAAGCUUUAAAAUUGUUCCAGAAUGUGUGAAGUAAAAUGUUGCUUUCUUCUCAUCGAUUGAUGGACUAGGUUAAUGAAAAUAUCAUUAACAGUUUUGCAUGCUACGUUUUUGGUUAUUUCAUAUCCAUAUCCAUCAAUCCAAUAAUAUUCGAGAUCUUCAAGAAACUCCAUAAUUUUAAAGUGAUUUUCGUUUGUAAAUAAUGAGCACCAAACAGAUCUCCCAUUGAACAAUUUGUAAUUCCAGGAGCUUUCAAAUCCACACAUUGUAUAGAUAAGUUCAAUAUCGUCAAUUGUUAAAUGAUCGAUUUGUGUAAAGCUUCUAAAUUCGUUCACGACAUUAUCAACGAGUUCACUUGAUUGGAAGUUUCGUUUUUCCUUUAAUGAAACGUCUUUAUUUUUUUUCACAGUUUUUCUCCAUAAAGAACAACCUUUGUAAGGUCUGAGUACAGGAUCGUCACGAUCAACAACAAUGGGUUUGAUAUUUGAACCAUUUGCUGGGAACAAACCUUGGAUGAAUUUUUCUGCUGAUUUUUGCGUUCGUUGCGUUGGCGUAUGCUUGAAUGUCAAUGAUGGCAUACUUUUAAAGAAUGUCGGAAAUCUUUUACGAAAUCUUGUUCCAAGUAGAAGAUGUUCUUGUUCUCCUUCUUUAGUUAUAAACUUUUGAUGUUCCAGUUGUAUAUCCAUUGGUUUCCAGUUUUUAAAAGCAUGUCUCUGUUGAUCAGACAGCAAAGUUGAAUUUUCCAGCAAUUCAUCUCUGAUAUGAACGAGACUUUGGUAUUUUGAUAUGACCUUUUUACUUGGCAAUCUUGUUCCAUGCCUUAAAAUGCUCCAGAUUUUCUUCGGCUCAAAAUUUGGAUAAGAUAUGAAUGUUUGAUGAGUAAAACUGUACGGAUUUUUCGUUGAGAAUCUAUUCAUAUCUUGCGAUAAACACACAGUAAUAACAAUCAGUAGCACCACAGAAUAAAAGUUUAAUGACCACAUUAUAUUGCACAGUCUU